CCUACGUACUGUACUGUAUUAUACCUGAGGUAGGUUACUUACGUAUGCAUCAUAGAAUAAAGGGAUACCUAGAAUAAAGGGAUAUGAAAUCUAUCGAUACCUAGCCGAAGGUAACGAACUCCAACCUCUUUCAAAUCAUUAUAUGCCAUCAUUACCGAGCAAACAUAUUAGUAACCCUCAUCCACCAUCAUGAGCCGGUGAUAAAUAAUCUUAUUAUCUCUCGUCGGUUGCCGGUUGCCACGAUGAAGAAGCCGUCAUCCUUGGGUGGUUCAAAUCCAGAUUCACAAUACAGACCAUCAUGGCCGAAAGUAUUAGUUGCAAUAAGCUUAGUUGGGAUCGCUACCUUUUUCACUUUAUAUAGCCACCUCCCAGGCCUAUCGUAUGAAGGAUUUCGUCAACAGUAUUACCAUGACCUCGUAGGUCUCGUAGGUGGCGCGUUACAGUCUUAUGCCCAGUCUCCCUACGGUCGGUUCCCGUUCCCUGACGACCCAUUCCACUUCAUUCCCUGCACUAAUGCGACCUUACUACCCGCACUCGACGAUUCUAACCCGGUCCAGAGCUGGGCUCGCCUUUUUGACCCGAAUCCUGAACACUGGAGCUGGGGGGCACCGACUUCAGAGCAGAACGUCCAGGGCAGAGAUCCGUAUUCUGGACGGGGGAUCUAUCUUUGUGGUUAUCUCCAAGUUCCCCUAGAUUACACUAACAAAUCCGAACCUCGCAUUGUUCGGCUCGCGGUAACCAAAUACCAAGUCUCGGGCCUUGUGCGUAUUAAUACGGCGAUUAAUACGGCGCAAUCCAGUUCUCCGGCUGCGGGAUCCAAGAGUGAACGUACUAUUAUUGUUGAUCCUGGCGGUCCGGGCGCGAGCGGCACAUCGCUAGUCUGGAGAGCUGCAGAGAACUUCACGAAGCGCUUGAGCGAUGGCAAAUUUGACAUCCUAGGAUGGGAUCCGCGAGGUGUCAACGCGUCGUUGCCUUCUAUAGCAUGCUUCCCCCACGAUGCUUUCAGGGACCGCUGGUCUAUGCUGACGGGGCAGUACCGUGAAGCGGCUGGAUCACCCCAAGUUAAACUCGAACUCGCCGACGCCAUGAACAAUGCUACAUUUCAUGCCUGCAAAGAAAAAUACGGCGAUAUUCCCCAGUUUCUCAGCACGGCCUUCGUUGCGCGUGACAUGGAAGAAAUCCGUAAAGCCCUCGAUGAAGACGAAGUAACUGGCUAUCUCGUUAGUUAUGGUACCAGCAUCGGCCAAACAUACGCUAAUAUGUUUCCACAUAGCGUGGGCCGCUUGAUUCUAGACGCUCUAGAAUAUGUUCGUGAUCAUCGUCAGCUUGGUGGUUUUGGAUGGGCUGCGCUAGAUAAUACGACUGAUGUCUGGCGUGACGGAUUUCUAGGCGAGUGUCUCAACGCCGGCCCAAAAUACUGCGCCUUGUCACAGCCCAGAGGCUCAGAAACCGUGUCAUUACAGAACUUGGAGGAUCGAAUGCGAAACCUAUUGGUUUCGCUUAGCCAGCGACCCAUCACGGGGUAUCUCGAAUCGAGUGGACCUUCUCUCAUUACAUACUCGGCUGUCGUAUCUGCUAUAUAUGGCGCCUUACACAAUGCCGACAGUUGGCCUGCGCUGGCCCAGAUGUUAUACGAACUGGAAGCAGGAAAUUCGACACUAGCUACGGCCUUCCUUGACAAUUCGGAAUGGGAGUAUCACCCUUCAACCUCAUGUCCGACCUCCCCUCGGCCCCGGCCUCUGUCUCACGAGCUAGGCCCCUUAGUUAUCUGUGCAGACUCAUACGAUGCUCCCUUGCCGCCAGACGGCCUACUCUGGUGGCAGUCGCUCUGGGCUAAUAUGACUACCCGAUCUUGGAUAUCAGGGAACGAGGAGUUUUUUAGUGUCCUCCCAUGCCAACAUUUUCGCACCUAUUGGCCUCCGCCUGCUGAGCUCUACCGGGGAGACCUAAACCACACACUCAAGAACCCGUUGCUACUAAUUGCGGAGACACACGACCCGGCGACACCCUUACGGAACGGGAAGAACCUUUUGAAUGAAAUGGGUAAGAAUGCCAGGUUGAUCGUUCAUCACGGCUAUGGACAUUCUUCCAGGGACAAAUCCAGCUGCACCGACUCUAUCAUACGGGCGUUCAUCCUCAACGGCACCUUACCUGCAGAGCAAGAAACACCUUGCUACGCGGACGGAAAGCCGUACCUUUACGGAUCCAAUACAACGGAGUUUCGAACCGGGAGUGCUGUGGCUCAAGACCCGAUUCAGAUAUGGCGAGAGCAUAUCCAAGAGUUAGCAUCAUGGAACCCAAGGCUAGUUCUCAGAAGAUGAUGUGAUAUUUAACGACAAGUACAUAUACCCAGGUGCUCAGAAAAUAUAACUGCAUAGUCUUAUUUAUAUCAACUCAAGAAACGGAGCUAUGUCUAGUUGGCUUUAUCACUAUGCUCUCUAUUUGUAGUGCAAGUGGCAAUGUUUAUUAUCUUGUGGCCUGGCCCUCGUAUAGAUAUUUCAAACACAAGAGGCAUGAGCGAAGUACGUAGGAUAUAAAGAGACUGCAAUAAUACCGGUACAUCUUAUAUUGAUAUAUAUACAUUGGAGUUAGAACAGACUCGCCAUUGAGAGGAGCUUCUUCCAGUAACGCCGCCAUAUAUAAUGUACCGUCCCCAAUCUUCUCUCAUCUCACCCACCUCCACUUUAAGGCAUUAUAACCUCUUUCUCUCCGCCGAGUACGUACCGUGCGCUCGCCAUCAUGAACUCCUUCCAGAUGCGAAACUCCUCAUCGUCCCGCGGCGCAUAUACCAUGACAUAACUCCACGGCAUUAGACUAGCGACACCGCUCAUGCGAUGCCUCUCCGCCCAACCGCGCUCGAUAGCCGUAGCAGCAUCAGCUAGACUCAACACCAUAUGCGUGCUGCCUUCGGCAUGCGGAUGCGCAA